AUGAAUUUGAAUUUCAAUUUUCUCAAGCUUUUCGACCUUAAACCUGAUCCAACUCAAGUUGCAAAAGAUGAAAAAUCAUCAAGUUCGUCAAAAUUCAGCUUUUUUAAUCCAUUAAGUUUAGAUAAUGACAACAUUGAUUCAGAAUUACACAACAGUAAAAUUUACGAUAAAGAAGGACCGAGUGUUGACUCCAUUACCACAAAAGGUUUACCAUCAAUCGAUUCUUUUGCAUCUGGAAGUCAAAGAGAUGAUUCUUUGAAAACAAAUCAAAAACAAAGAAGAUUUAGAGGCAAUUCGCAAGAGCCAAAAGGUAAAUCUGGUAGUUCUAUCACAGUUGGUCCUAAUGUUCCAUUGAAAGCCGUUCUUCCAACAAAAGCCGCAAUGAAACUCUUUCAAAAUGGCAAUAGCACCAUUAUUACAUACUUGUGUCUUCGUAUUGAUGAUCUUAUACAAGCUUGUUUCAACAAAGAUGACAGAGAUAUGGCAGAUAAUGCUUAUUCAAUUUUAUUAACCUUCGAUCAUAAGAUUACACAUCAUUUCAUUCGUGCAGAUCGGUUCCAACAACUUGGAUCAGACUUAACAAUACCAGAAGACCCAGAUAUGUUCAUGAUGGGAAGAUUUACUUCAAUUAUUUCAGGAAUUCUUGAUAUUAUGCCAGAUAUACUCAUUGACCAAUGUGGAUUUUUAUGCAGGCUUAUUCAUCACAUAUAUUUACCAGAAAUUUCGUUGUUAUUAAACAAAAUUUGCAAGAAUGACGAAAGCCUUGAAAAUCUACAGAAGUACAUACUGAAACUCGGUUUCCACGAGAUAGUUCAUAGAGAAUUGAUCAAUUAUAGACACACAGACUUCGAAUUUGAAUAUCAAUAUUAUCAAAGUAAAGAAGUACAAAGAACUGCCGCUUUAUAUAGAUUAAUGGCAAGCUGUUUAUCAUCAAAAAUCCUUUCAAAGAGUUUUAUGUCGAUUGAUUUCAUUUCUAUUUGCGAAAUCGAAUACGACAUCACAGACAGGAUCAUAGAUGAUCAGAAAUGGCUUGCAAUACUCGCAUUCUUCACUCCUCAGUUCUCUUCUCAGCUUCUGAAUUUUGUAUAUUCAGCUGUGAUGCAGUUAAGAGCUGCAAAGACCAAGUUCUAUCAUUGCCAUUACUAUGCGCUUAAAUUCCUCUCGUUUAUGAUCAAAUAUUCCUCGGAAACAGAAGAAUUGUUGAUGGCAACAGAUUUUAUUCCACAACUGCUUAGAUUGUUGUUUACUUUUAACGAGUCAAGCUUCUUCCAAGAGGUUUUUAGGAAGUUCAUCGCUGCAACAUUUUCAAAAAAGAAAAUUGUUGUUAAUAUCGUACAAAUGAUAAUUCCAGCCCUAAUGGGUAUGUUAUCUGAUGAUUACAAUAUCGGAAUCAAAGGAACUUUGUGCGAAAUCUUUGGAGCAAUUGAAAUGGAAAGGAAAUAUAACAAUGUUCUUGACCAGGAGCUUAAUAAUGUUCAAAACUAUAAAGAUUUCUAUGAUUCAAGGGUAGUUCUUAGAAGUUACCUUAUCAGUUCUUCUUAUGGAGAAAGUUAUCGAGGACAACUUGAAAAUCUCGAAAAAUACUAA